AUGAGCAGCUCGAGGGACGAUCGGAAGAGCCUGAAGGAGGCCGCCGACGAGUCGGGCCGUACGUCCUCGGGCGAUGGUAAGGCCAAGGAGCUCUACCGACGCGUGAAGACGCCGGGAUCGGGCGCCGUCGCAGUGGACGGCGACGUCCGGCGCGUCUUCCUCAACGACAACGACCAAAACAAGGCGCUGUACGCCACGUGCACCAACGUCGUCGUGACGUCCAAGUACACCAUCUUCUCGUUCUUGCCCAAGUUCCUCUUCGAGAGCUUUUGCAAGGUUGCCAACCUCUUCUUCCUCGUCGUCUCGAUCCUGCAGACGAUCAAGCCGAUCUCCAACACGUACGGCCUGCCCACUAACGCGCCGACGCUCUUCUUCGUCAUCUGCAUUGACGCUGUCUUUGCCAUCAUGGAAGAUCGCCGCCGCCAUGCCUCGGACUUCGCAGCCAACUCGGCCACCUGCCAUGUACUUGUCGAUAACGUCAUCGUCGAUCGCCUGUGGUCGCAAGUGCAGGUGGGUGAUGUCUUGGAGAUUCGCAACCGCGAGGUCAUUCCUGCUGACGUGCUGAUUCUCUCCGUGGCCGAGCCCGACCCCGCCGUGCCGAGUGGUAUUUGCUACGUGGAGACCAAGUCGCUGGAUGGGGAGACGAACCUCAAGCUGCGCCAGGCGCUGCCAGCGACGAUGGCCAUCAUGCGCGAGGCGCAAGACCUCGACAAGCUCAAGGGCAGUAUAUGCUGCGAGACGCCCAACCCGUUCAUCAACAAGUUUGCGGGUAACAUUGACGUGUGGGUGGCUGGCCAGACGUUCCCGAACGAGCCUCUCAGCAUCAAGAACGUGUUACUUCGUGGUUGCACGCUCCGCAAUACGGACUGGGUCUACGGCGUCGUGCUCAACACGGGUAGCGACACCAAGAUCAUGCAGAGCGCGUCGUCGCCGCCCAACAAGUGGAGCGAUGUCAUGCUGACGCUGAACAAGAUGAUCGGCAUCCUCUGUAUCGGGCUCAUCGUUCUGUGCGCGAUCGCGGCGACGGUCUUUGUGACGUGGCAGAACGAAAUCGCGAAGGAAGCGUGGUAUCUCCACGGAACCGCCACUGUCGACAAAGUCGUGCUCGUGACGACCGGCGAUGUGGUCACAGCGUGGUUUACGAUGCUCUUCUACUACUUUCUCCUGCUCUACCAAGUCAUUCCGAUCUCACUGUACGUGUCGCUCACGACAGUCAAGUUUCUCCAGUCGAGCUUCAUGGCCUGGGACAUUGAAAUGUACCACGCCGAGACGGACACGCCGGCCAUUGUGCGCACGAUGGCACUUAACGAAGAGCUCGGCCAGAUCUCGUACAUCUUCUCGGACAAGACGGGCACGCUCACGUGCAACGUCAUGGACUUUCGCAAGUGCUCUAUCAACGGCGUCUCGUACGGCUCUGGUCUUACCGAGAUCGGUCGGGCGGCGCUCAAGCGAGCGGGCAAGCCAAUUCCACCCGAGCCAAAGAUGGAGCCGGGUGUCAAGCAGAUCCCUUACGUCAACUUCGUCGACCCAAAGCUCACCGAGGCGAUGCAAGGCAAGCACGGGGCCGAGCAAGAGGAGCGUACGCAUCGUUUCUUCGAGCAUCUUGCCGUGUGCCACACGGUGAUUCCCGAGAAGCUGGACAAUGGCGAAGUGCGUCUCUCGGCGUCAUCGCCCGAUGAGCAGGCGCUGGUAGCGGGUGCUCAGUUUAUGGGCUACAAAUUCGAGUCGCGCGCGGUCGGGAAGGCCAUCUUGGACGUUGGCGGAGAAAAGAAGACGUACGAUGUGCUCGAAGUGCUCGAGUUCAACUCGACGCGGAAGCGCAUGUCGGUCGUGACGCGCCUGCCGACGGGCGAGCUCUACUUGUACACAAAGGGCGCCGACAUGAUGAUCUACCAGCGCCUCUCGGCCGCGUCCAAAGCGCUCGAGGCGAUCACGUCGCAACAUAUGGAAACGUACGCUGACGACGGUCUUCGCACCCUCGCUAUUGCCAUGAAGCGACUCGACGAAGCCUUCUUUGUGGACUGGGCAGCCAGAUUUCGAUCCGUGUCUGGCUCAAUCCCGGAGCUCGAGAAGCGCAAAAACGGCGAGCCCAACGCAAUUGAUGACCUCAUGGAAGAGAUGGAGUCCAACCUGGACCUCAUUGGGGCGACGGCCAUCGAGGACAAGCUCCAGAACGGUGUGCCUGACUGCCUCUCGGCGCUAAGUGCGGCCAAGAUCAAAGUCUGGAUGCUCACCGGCGACAAAGAGGAAACGGCCAUCAACAUUGGCUACGCCUGCGCUCUUUUGGACAACUCGAUCCACCAAGUCAUCAUCAACAUGGAGAACUGCUCGACGCCAGACUUGAUUCAAGACUUUGCGCUCGUCAUUGACGGAGAGGCCCUCGAGAUUGCACUCAAGCCGCACAUGAAGAUGGAUCUUCUGGGGCUCGCCCAGUUUUGCGUCGCAGUCAUUUGCUGCCGCGUGUCGCCGGCGCAGAAGGCGGACAUGGUGCGCCUCAUCCGCGAAAACAUCCCCGAAGCUCGAACGCUGGCCAUCGGUGACGGUGCCAACGACGUGGCGAUGAUACAAGCUGCCCACGUGGGAAUUGGUAUUUCGGGCCAAGAGGGCAUGCAGGCGGUCAACUCGAGCGACUAUGCCAUCGCGCAGUUCCGGUUUCUGAAGCGAUUGCUGCUGGUGCAUGGUCGGUGGAACUACCUGCGCAUUUCCAAGGUCGUCGUGUACAUGUUUUACAAGAACAUCACGCUCGUGCUCGCUCAGUACUGGUAUGGGUUUCUCAGCGGCGCGUCGGGCUCCAAGGUCUACUGGGAAAUCGGCGUUCAAGUCUACAACAUUUUCUUCACGGGUCUUCCCAUCGUCGUCCUGGGCGUCCUGGACCAGGACCUACCCGAUCACAUGAGCCUCAAGUACCCUGCGCUUUACGGCGUGGGGCCGCAGCGCCAACUCUUCAACUACUACACGUUCUUCCGGUGGCUUUGCGCGGCCUUGUACGAGUCGAUGGUGAUUUUCCUCGUCAUGGUCUACGGCUACAACCCAAGACACAGCUCUGUUGGCAGCGAAGCGCGCGUCGAGUACGGCAUCGUGGCCUUCACACUGGCCGUGCUCAUCGUCAACCUCAAGAUUACGCUGAUCAUGUGCAACUGGACGUGGGUGCCGCGCAUCACGUGGUGGGGCAGCGUCCUCUCGUGGUUCCUCAUCGCUUUUCUCUGCCUCACGGCGAUCCCGUACUUUGUCAAGCUCAAGGUAAGCUACGACGAGUUCGGCGCGUUCGUGCCUACUUUCGUCUCGGGCUCGUACUGGCUGCUCCUCGUCAUUGGCUGCACGCUCGCGCUCGGCCGGCACUUUGCAUGGAACCAGUUCCAGCGACUCUUCUACCCGGAGCUUUUCCAGAUCCUCCAAGAGAGUGUCAUGAUUGAAAAGAAGAAGGCGCAUCGGCUCACGAUCACGCAUAUGGAGGAGGCGCCGCGCCCCGACCUGAGCAUGACGCUCGACGACAUCACGCCCGAGGAGCGGUCGCGCUUCAACUUGGCUGAAGACACGGUCGCCGACACGAUGGCAACGACACUGAGUCGACCGCAGCAGCUCGACCGGCGUGCGACGCUGCAGCGGCUCAAUACGGGCUAUGCGUUCAGCUGCGACGAGGAAACAACGCUUGUCGAGUCGUUCAUUGCCACCAAUCACUCGCAUCGCCAAGAGCCGAGCAACGUGCCCCGGCGCUCGAUGAGCAUCAACGACAUCAAGUAG